AUGGCAAACGAGUGGCUGCUGUGGCUGACCCUGUCUGCCAUCAUAGCUGCUUGGCACAGCGAGGCAAAGUCUGCUGUGAACACCUUCUCCUCCCAGAUUCCAGAAAAACUAACAGGUGUGAGUCCCAUCCACAAUGGCCAGGUUUGCAGUACAUGGGGUAACUUCCACUUCAAGACCUUUGAUGGAGAUGUUUUCCAGUUGCACUCGACUUGCAACUACGUCCUGACCUCUUCAUGCAGGAGCAGUUACAACGACUUCAACAUUCAGAUAAGACGACAGGAGGCUGGCAACCAUCACACCAUCAAAAACAUCAUUAUGAAGCUGGAGGGUUCAGUAGUGGAGCUCUCUGAGGGCUCAGUGGUUAUCGAUGGAAAACCAGCCACCCUACCAUUCAGUCAAGCAGGAGUGCUCAUUGAGAAAACCCCCACCUACAUCAAAAUCAAAGCAAAGCUGGGUUUAGUUGCUAUCUGGAAUGAGAAGGACGCUUUUAUGGUGGAACUAGACCUUAAGUACAAGAACCACACCUGCGGUCUUUGUGGAGACUUCAAUGGGGUCCAGCUUUAUGAUGAGUUCUUCAGCCAUGGUGUAAAAAUAUCCCCCAUGGAUUUUGCUAACUUCUGGAAAAUGGAUGGUCCAACUGAAAGCUGCUCUGAGUACCCGCUGGAAUCAACACAAAGCUGCAACAACAUGAAACCUCUGUGUGAGCAGAUCCUUACAGGGCCAGCCUUCAACAGCUGUCACAGUCUGCUGGACGUUGCCUCCUUUACUUCUGCCUGUGUUGCAGACCUCUGUAACUGUGAUAAUGGCAUGAAUGAACACGUUGACCCCUUCUGCCUGUGCAACACUGUGUCAGAGUUCUCCAGACAGUGUGGACAUGCGGGUGGCAAACCCCUAAACUGGAGAACCAAAGACCUCUGCUGGAAGUCAUGUCCCAACAAAAUGGAGCACAAGGAGUGUGGGAGUCCCUGUGCUGAUACCUGCUCCAACCCAGAGGCCAGCCACACCUGUGAUCACCACUGUACUGAUGGAUGCUUCUGCCCUGCAGGCACUGUGCUGGAUGAUUUAAACGGAACGGGUUGUGUCCGAUUAAACGAGUGCUCCUGCAGCUACAACAGCAAGAUAUAUGGACCGGGGGAGUCCUACUCCAGUAACUGCAAAAAAUGUGUGUGUGCAAGUGGCCGGUGGACGUGUACGGAGGAGGACUGUCCAGGUACCUGCUCUGUGGAGGGAGGAGCCCACAUCGACACCUUCGAUGACAAAGUCUACACCUUCCAUGGGGACUGCUCCUAUGUGCUGGCUAAGGACUGCAGUGGAUCCCAGUUUGUGGUACAAGGAGAACUGGAGCAGUGUGGACUGACUGAGAGUGAGACCUGCCUCAAGUCUGUUACCUUGGGUUUGUCUGGAGGGGCUAAUGUGAUCAAAAUCCAGUCCAAUGGCAAGGUUUUUGUGAAUGGCAUCUACGCUCAGUUACCCUUCUCUGCUGCUGGGAUCUCCGCCUUCAGAGGGUCCUCUUACUACCUGCUGGUGCAAACGUCUGUUGGUGUUCUGAUGGAGGUGCAGCUCCAGCCAGUCAUGCAGCUCUACGUCAAAGUGACCAGUGAUUACCAGGCCAAGACCUGUGGUCUGUGUGGGAACUUCAACGGUAACCAAGCUGAUGACUUUCUAAAGCUCAGUGGCGUUCCAGAUGCCACAGCACCUGGUUUUGUCAACAGCUGGAAGACACAUGCUGGUUGCCCUGAUGUUAAGAGCAACUUUGAGAACCCCUGCAGUCUUAGUCUGGAUAAUGAGAAGUACGCCCAGCACUGGUGCUCCAUGCUGAGUGACCCUCAGGGAGUGUUUGCCUCCUGUCACUCAGAGAUCAGCCCUGACUCGUACAAGGAGAACUGCAUGUAUGACAGCUGUAACUGUGAGAAAAGUGAGGACUGUAUGUGUGCUGCAGUCUCCUCCUAUGUCCAUGCCUGUGCAGCUGCAGGAAUCCAGCUCACCGGCUGGAGGUCGACCAUCUGUGGGAAAUAUGCUAGCUGGUGCCCCAGCAGCAUGGUCUACUCCUACAACAUCACGUCCAGCGGUCGCACCUGCCGCUGCAUCAGCACCACAGACCCCAGCUGUCACUUCUCUUUCCCGCCAAUCGACGGCUGUAUCUGUGUAGAGGGAACCUAUCUGGAUGACACUGGGAAGUGUGUCCCAUCUCAGGCUUGUCCUUGUUAUCACAAAGGCUCAGUGGUGCCUCCCGGACAGGUCAUCAACAAGGAUGGGGUCAUGUGCACCUGUGAGGAGGGCAAACUCAGCUGCAUUGGAGAGUUUACUAUACAGCCAACCUGUGCUCCUCCCAUGGUGGCCUUCAACUGCUCUGCUAAUGACCCCGUUGCAAAAGGAACGGAGUGUGAGAAGAGCUGCAACACAUUAGACAUGGCCUGUAUGGCCACAGAGUGUGUCUCCGGCUGUAUGUGUCCAUCUGGGACGGUGUCUGAUGGUAAAGGAGGCUGCAUUAAGCCAGAGGCCUGUCCUUGUGUUCACAACGGUGUCUCCUACCAGCCUGGAGAGACCACCAAGGUGGACUGCAACACCUGCACUUGUAAAGACAGGAAGUGGCACUGCACUACCAACCAGUGUGAUGGAACCUGCUCCGUCUAUGGUGAUGGACACUACAUGACUUUUGAUCAGAAGCGCUUCACCUUUGAUGGCAACUGUGAAUACAUUCUCGCUCAGGACUACUGUGGCAGUGCUCAGAGUAAUGGAACCUUCAGAGUGCUCACUGAGAAUGUUCCCUGUGGAACCACAGGAACCACCUGCUCCAAGAGCAUCAAGAUCUUCCUGGGGAGUGCAGAACUGAUUCUAGCAGAGGGAAGCUACCAGCUGCUUUCAAGUGGAAAUGAAGAAACAGUUCCAUUCAGUUACAGCACUAUGGGCAUCUACCUGGUCAUUGGAGCCAACAAUGGACUCAUUUUCAUGUGGGACAGGAAGACCACCUUGUUCAUCAAGCUCAGCCCAAAAUAUAAGGGUCGUGUGUGUGGGCUGUGUGGCAACUAUGAUGACAAUGCAAAUAAUGACUUCACCACAAGGUCCCAUGCAGUGGUGGUCAACCCACUGGUGUUUGGGAACAGCUGGAAGGAUUCACCGAGCUGCCCCGAUGCUCACAGCCUCACCAGCCCCUGCACAGCCAACCCAUACAGACAGGCGUGGGCCCAGAAACAGUGCAGCAUUAUCCAGAGUGACGUCUUCUCUCCCUGCCACUCCAUUGUGGAUCCCGCUCCAUACUAUGAAGCAUGUGUAUCUGACUCCUGUGCUUGUGACAAAAAUGCUGGAGACUAGUGUUUCUGCACUGCUGUGCACCAUGCUGAAUCCUGUAAUCAAGCUGGCGCCUGUAUACGAUGGAGAACCCCAAACAUUUGUCCUAUCUUCUGUGAUUACUACAAUCCCCCUGGUGAAUGUGAAUGGCACUACAUGCCAUGCGGAUCUCCGUGUAUGAAAACCUGCAGGAACCUCUCCGGCAGCUGCUCGCCACAGAUGCCUCCUCUAGAAGGUUGCUAUCCAAAAUGUCCUCCUGCUCAGCCAUACUUUGAUGAGGAUACAAUGACAUGUGUCUUAAAAGAACAAUGUGGCUGCUACGAUAAAGAGGGGAAACACUACAAUAAUAGUGAAAAAGUGCCAACAACUGAAAACUGUCAAACAUGUACAUGCAUUUCAACGACUAUCCAAUGUCAAUAUGAUGCCCAAGCCUGUACUUGCACAUAUAAUGGAAACAAAUAUCCCCCUGGCAAUCUAAUUUAUAACAAAAAAGAUGGACAUGGUAACUGCAUUAAAGCAGUAUGUGGAAAUAAUGGUACCAUUGACCACAGUUCAUAUAGAUGCCCAGUAUCCACACCGACAACACCUGUGCACAUUGCAACCACUACUAUAGCCAGCCAGUCUACAACCACCUUUGAUUUUUCAUCAACCACACCAGAGCCACACACAGUCCCAGUCCCAUGUAAUCCUUGUAAUUGGUCGCCAUGGUAUGAUACCAGCUUCCCGACACUGGGAACUCCAGGAGGAGACAUGGAAACAUAUGAAAAAAUUAGAGAGGAAGGGCACAAGAUAUGUACCAAGCCAAGCCAGAUCCAAUGCAGAGCUGAGAAAUUCCCUAAUGUAACCACUGAAAAUGUGGGACAAGUGGUGGAAUGUAAUCUGGCUAAUGGGCUGACUUGCAGAAAUGAAGACCAGUCAGGACCACUGGCCUUGUGCUUUAACUACCAAGUCAGAGUUCUGUGUUGUGACUAUAGUGCAUGCCCAACAGAGCCUACUCCUUCUACAACACAUUCAAUACCUACAACGACUAAAGAUGUUACCGAAACACCUUGUCAGGAAACAUUAUGCUACUGGUCACAAUGGAUAAAUUCAAACUAUCCUGAAUACGGUAAUGGAGGUGGGGACAAUGAAACCAUCAAACACAUCAUCCAGAAAGGAUUUCAUAUCUGUGAGAAUCCAGUGGAGGUGGAAUGUCGGGCAGAGCACUACCCGCAGACUCCCCUGAAUCAAUUGGGACAAAAAGUGACAUGUAAUAACCAAGGACUCCUGUGUGAGAACAGGUUACAGUAUCCUCCCAUAUGUUUCAAUUAUGAAAUAAAGGUAAAGUGUUGCAAGACAGUGAUCUGCAGCACAUCACCAAAACCUACUAUUUCUUCCACAACCAUACCAACUAAACCACCUUCUACUACAACCGCCACACCCUCUACCACAACUGAAACAACAACUCAGCCACCUACAACUACUAGUACAACCAGAACACCUUCUACCACAGUUCCAACUACAACACCUUCCACUCCCUCAACUAAAGUUCCAACUACAACACAUUCAACUCCGACAACCACUACACCUUCUACCACAACCGAGACAACAACAACAACUCAGCCACCUACAACUACUAGUACAACCACUACACAUUCUACCACAGUUCCAACUACAACACAUUCAACUCCGACAACCACUACACCUUCUACCACAACCGAAACAACUCACCCACCUACAACUACUAGUACAACCACUACACCUUCUACCACAACUGAGUUACCUACAGUCACAGGAAAACCCUCUCAACCAACAACUGCGCCAUCUACUAUGGCUCAAAUUUGCCAUUGCCUUCAUAAUGGUAUCCUGUUCCCCCCUGACUCCAUAGUCUACAAUAUAUCGGACCAUGAUGGCUACUGUUACAUAGGGUACUGCAAUGAAAGUUGUCAUGUAGUACUCAAAGACCACCGUCCGUGUAGUCAUAUGGGGUGUCCUUUAAACCCUCCAAGAAUGGAUGGCGAAAUUUGGAAGGAGAGUAACUGUCUUGUAGGAACAUGUGAUAAUGGCAAGGUGACCUAUAACCAUACACAGUGUCCAACUCCAAAGCCUGUAGUAUGUGCAAAUAACUUCCCUGCUAUUGAAGUGCUGGAUGAUGACGGAUGCUGCUUCCACUAUGAAUGCCAAUGUAUCUGCUAUGGUUGGGGAGACCCCCAUUAUGUCACCUUCGAUGGAACCUACUAUGGUUUUCAAGGCAACUGUUCCUACUGGCUGAUGAAGGAGAUAGUGCCCAAAUACAACUUCAGUGUUAUGAUCGAUAACUACUACUGUGGUUCUGCUGAUGACUUGGCCUGUCCUCAGUCCAUCACUGUCUUCUACAAAAGCUACAGAAUCUUUAUAAUGCAGAAGGAGGUCAAUGGCAUUUACACAAAUCAGACCACCGUGAAUGGCAAGCAUGUGAGUCCUGCAUACCAAAAUGGUGACUUCCGUAUAACCUCCACCGGUAUAGAGACUGUGCUUGUCAUCCCUGAAAUCCAUGCCAAGAUCACCUUCUCAGGGCUCAUAUUCAGUAUCUACCUGCCCUAUAGUAAAUUUGCCGGCAACACAGAGGGACAGUGUGGCACAUGUAACAACAACCGGACAGAUGACUGCAUGUUGCCAAGUGGCAAAAUUGAUCCUUCAUGUCCUAAUAUGGCACUCGGGUGGCAUGCUAACGACAGUUACUGUGAACAUAUUAACCCUACACCUACGCCUACGACUACACCUACGCCUAAGCCUAGCACCUGUGAUACAUCCAUCUGUGAGAUCAUUAAGGGCAGUGUGUUUGAAGCUUGCCACAAGGUUAUUGACUACACUCCAUUUGUUGUGGCCUGUGAGUUUGACAUUUGCCACAUGCACAUAAAUCACGUUGGCUGCACUAGCUUACAAACCUAUGCUGAUGCCUGUGCUGAGUCUGGACUGUGUAUUGACUGGAGAAGUGCCACCGACGGACUCUGUGAAUAUACAUGUCCAAGUCCCAAAGUCUAUCGGGGGUGUGGCCCUCAGGUGGAGCCUACCUGUGAUGCCUGGUACAACCAGAAAUUCAUCUAUACGGUCAAUGAGUUCAGUGCCAUGACAAAUGUGACGCUGGAGGGUUGCUUCUGCCCAGAUGACCACUUCCUCCUCUCUUCCAGCUCUAAUGAAUGUGUGCCCAACUGUGAACUUUGUCGGCUGUCAAGUGGAAGUUGGACACAGGCCAAUUCAAAGUGGACAGAAAACUGUAAUGAGUGUAUAUGUGAGGAGGACACACUGCAGGUCAGCUGCCAUCCCGUGUCCUGUCCAGCACAGCCCCCCCCCAGCUGUGACGAAGAGGGUCAGGUCAAGGUCAAUGAAACGGUUGGCUGCUGUCAAAAGGAGAAGUGUGAAUGUGAUGGGACGCAGUGCUCUGGUCUUGUGCCGUCCUGUCCUCUUGGUUUUAUUCUAAACCAAACUAAGGGAGUCUGCUGUUGGAAAUACUCCUGCGUGCCUAAAAAGGAUGUGUGUGUUUUCAACAACAAUGAAUACCAGGUUGGAGACCUGGUGCCCAUGAAGCCAUGUGAGAAGUGCAGUUGUAGUAACAAGGCCAAUGCCAGCAGCCCCCUGAACAUUAUAGACUGUGAGCCUAUACCCUGUGACACCAACUGCCCUGUGGGUUAUGAGUACCAGAUCAGCACUAACCUGUGCUGUGGGACAUGUGUCCAAACAAGCUGCAUUGUCGUGCUGUUGAAUGCAACAUACGCAUUAAAGCCUGGCUCCAUUUGGACUCCCGCUGGGAACCCCUGUGUGAAGUUUGAGUGUGUGAAGAUCGCUAAUCAGUUCAUCACCAUAGAAGCCAAGACAAUCUGUCCCCUCUACGACCCUAAUGAAUGCAUACCGGGAACAGAGACCAUCGCUCCAGACGGAUGCUGCCAUGUCUGUAUUCCGAAGGGUGAGCCAUGCGGUGUGUCCACCACACCUGUGUACCUGGAGAGCCAGGGCUGCUAUGCCAAAGACCUGGUCAAUGUCACAUCCUGUAGUGGAGCAUGUGGCACCUUCACCUUUUAUUCUACCAAAACAAGAUCCUUGCAGCACACCUGCUCCUGCUGCCAGGAGCUGGCUACAUCUGAGCGCCAGGUCCAGCUCUCCUGCCCUGACAACACAGAGAUCACUUACACCUACACCCACAUUGACACCUGCGGGUGCCUCAUGACAGAGUGUUCUGGGCCUGGCCCCAGGGAAUUGGAAACCACUCCCCCUAACGUCAAGUCACGUCGACGCAGGAGAUAAGGCAAAAACCAGGACAAGCAUAUGAAUUUGCCACUUAUCUAAUUAACAUUAAUUUAUAGGACUGUAAAUUAAGUUAUAUUUGAAUCAGCAUACAUAGUUCCUCUAGUUAUGUCUCAUGUAUCAGUGUACGUAGUUUUAGCAUGAUAAGAUUGUAAACCCACAAAGAUCUCAUCAAUAAAGAUUAUACUGCAGCUGCAAUACUGUCUUUGUUUUUCUUAUUGGGAGCUUUGGAGCACCAGAAAGAAGCCACAAG